AUGUCGCUCCCCUCCACAACCCUCCCACCCCCCGCAGAAGGAACUACUGCACAGGGCAUCAGCUCUCGGGCUGUUUGGCAGUUCAGCAAUGCGCUCCAGUGCACCCUUCCUUUGAUUAAUCCCUUUCCAGAGUACAACUACUAUGGCUGCUACUGUGGAUUCUUGAGAUUCUUCAACCCAGUGGAAGACUUAGACAGGUGCUGCCAGAUUCAUGACAACUGCCUCGCUCAGGUCAAUAACCUGGAAAACUGUGCAGUCCUCAUAAGAAACCCCUACACCAGCUCCUACUCAUACUCAUGUUCUGGGAGUGAGAUCACCUGCAGUGAGGAAAAUAACCCCUGUGAGGCCUUCAUCUGCAACUGUGCCCACCAGGCCGCCAUCUGCUUCUUCAAUACUCCAUACAACAAGCAGAACAAACGAGAUAACUGUUAG